ACACGGCUGAUAUUUUUUAGGAUAGGGAACAAAAAUGGCAGUUCAACUGAACCACUUCCGGUCAUCCUUGCUGAAGCAAGAGAAGCAACCGAAACCACCUUUGUUCACGUCCUAUAAAACCAGAACCAUUAGACUCAACACCGCGGCUUCAAGCAGCGUCCAACAGCUAAUUCAGUCGGGUGAAGUGAAACCCAUACUGCCGAAGGACGCAGCAACAGCCCUGAACUCCGACGGCUUCAAGUUGCUGGACAUUAGACCGCAGUGGGAGCGAGUAAAAGGAUAUGUUAAAGGGUCACUUCACGUGCCACUCUUCGUCAAGGACACGGACAAUAGCCCCAUUACUCUUUUGAAGAAAUGGGUUCAUUUUGGGUACAUUGGCUUGUGGACUGGCCAAAACUUCACCAUGAUUAACCCUGAUUUCAUCCAAGAGGUUGAUGCCGCUGUCUCCGACAACAAGGAUGCUAAGCUGCUCGUGGCUUGCGGUGAAGGUCUAAGGUCUAUGAUGGCCACUUCGAAGCUAUACGACGGAGGAUAUAAGAACUUGGGGUGGUUGGCCGGCGGAUUCAAUCGUUCUGCAGAUAGUGAUUUCCCGGAAGUGGAAGGGCCUGAGAAGUUGAAGUACGCUACGAUUGGGGGUGUUUCGUAUUACUUUCUGAAAUUGCUCCUCCUCUUGCAAGCUGUGGGCAAAGAGUAAUUGGAUUGCUACUUGGGGGUGUUUCGUAUUACUUUCUCUUGUUUUCAUUUGGAUAGAACGAAAUUGAGGUAGCCAUUUCCCACUUUUAGUUCACAUAAACAGGCUGAUAUUUAGCAAUGCUCCCGUCCCAGUGUCUAUUACGAGUCGAUGUUUUUCAAUUUACUUUUUCUAAAUAU